AUGCGUCAUGAGCAACGCGUGCCAGACCAUCAGCUACACAAACUACGAGCGUUAGAGCCGCAACCACACAUAAGUACUGCAACCCGUACACUGCCCGCGCAACCACAGUCAUCUGUCCCACAAUACAAGUCAACUGCAGACUUCACUGUGCACGAGUCUCAUUAUCACGCAGUAAACAACGCCGGUCUAGGGUGGCUGUGGCUGGGACUGCGAGACCUAGAGAGACGUGUGCGCCCCUGCAACCCAACGAGAAAGAACGCACCAAUGCAGUGCUACUACACACUAGGAGACUGGCCAGGACAGUGA